AUCAAACAGAGCAGAAGAGGAGCAGAGGAGGAGCAGAGGAGGAGCAGAGGAGGAGCAGAGGAGGCUCACAGAGACUCAGGAGGUGUUGGACCCACUGUUUGUCUGAGCAGCACCUCUGCCCUCUCACUGUCACUCAGACUGGACUGAGCAUGGAUCAGAGAGAGACCAGAGAGGACGGAGCCCCUCCCUCUAAAACCACUCACCCCCCCAAAGCUCACAGACCUGCUCCUGGGGCCAGCGCCGUCUCAUUCAAGAGUGUUCGCUCUAUGCUACGAGGUAUUAAGUUUAAAAGAGAAGCUGCUCCAGAGAUCCACCAGAAACAUCCUCCAUCUGAACCUGGUCCCAUCUGUGAGUCCCUCAGGAGUGACAGGUCUAUGGGACAUCGACCUGUUUUUGACACAGAGCCAGUGGAGCAGCAGGGUCCAGAGGUCUCCAGUGGUCAGCACCAUCAGACACAGCUGGACUCCAUAUUUAAGCUUCUGGAGGAGGACAUCUUCACUUUUGUCCAGAAGGAGCUGAAGAAGCUCCACAAGGUUCUGAGUACAGAUUACCCAGAAUGCUUAGAGCCUGUGGAGGAUGAAGAGCAGAGGAGCAGCAGUGAGGCUGUUAUGAAGAUCACACUGAACUUCCUGAGGAGGAUGAAGCAGAAGGAGCUGGCUGAGCGUCUGUGGAGCAGGACUUAUUCUGGAGUUUAUCGGCGUAAACUGAAGUCUAACCUGCAGCAGAAGUUUGAGUGUGUGUUUGAGGGCAUCGCUAAAGCAGGAAACCCCACCCUUCUGAAUCAGAUCUACACAGAGCUCUACAUCACAGAGGGAGGGUCUUCAGAGGUCAACCAGGAACAUGAGGUCAGACACAUGGAAACAGCCUCCAGGAAACCAGACCAGGCAGAGACAGCCAUCACAUGUGAAGACAUGUUUAAAGGCCCAGCUCACACACAUGGACCCAUCAGAACAGUGCUGACAAAGGGAGUGGCUGGCAUCGGGAAAACAGUGCUCACUCAGAAGUUCAGUCUGGACUGGGCUGAAGGCAAAGCCAACCAGGACAUACAGCUGCUGUUCCCGUUCACUUUUAGAGCACUCAAUGUGCUGAAGGAGAGAAGCUUCAGCCUGGUGACACUUGUUGAUCACUUCUUUAGUCAAACACAAACAGAACUCUGCAGCUUUGAACACCUCCAGGUGCUCUUCAUCUUUGACGGUCUGGACGAGUGCAGACUUCCUCUGGACUUCACCAAAACCAAGGCCCUGACCGACCCCACAGAGUCCGUCUCACUGCACGUGCUGCUGGUAAACCUCAUCAGGGGGAGCCUGCUUCCCUCCGCUCGCCUCUGGAUAACCACACGACCUGCGGCGGCCAAUCAGAUCCCUACUGACUGCGUCUCCAUGGUGACAGAGGUCAGAGGGUUCACCGACCCACAGAAGGAGCAGUACUUCAGGAAGAGGUUCAGAGACGAGGCCGACACAAUCAUCUCCCACAUCAAGACGUCCAGAAGCCUCCACAUCAUGUGCUACAUGCCAAUCUUCUGCUGGAUCGCUGCCACAGUCCUGGAGCAUGUGUUGAAAAGCAGAGAGAGAGGAGAGCUGCCCAAGACCCUGACUCAGAUGUACAUCCACUUCCUGGUGGUUCAGGCCAAAGUCAUGAACAUCAAGUAUGAAGGAGGAUCUGAGACAGACCCACACUGGAGUCCAAAGACCAGGAUGAUGGUGGAAUCUCUGGGAAAACUGGCCUUUGAGCAGCUGCAGAAAGGAAACCUGAUCUUCUACGAGUGUGACCUGAGGGAGUGUGGGCUGGACGCUGCAGCGGCCUCAGUGUACUCUGGAGUGUUCACACAGGUCUUUAGAGAGGAGCCAGGCCUGUACCAGGACAAGGUCUACUGCUUCAUCCAUCUGAGUGUGCAUGAGUUUCUGGCUGCUCUUCACGUCCAUCAGACCUUCAUCAACACUGGGAUCAACCUGCUCUCAGAGAAACAAACAUCAUCACGGUCAAAUAUUUUUAGCAGUAAAUCAGUCCAGUUUUACCAGACAGCUGUGGACCAGGCCUUGCAGAGUCCAAAUGGACACCUGGACCUGCUCCUCCGCUUCCUCCUGGGUCUUUCAUUGUCGACCAAUCAGAGCCUUCUACAAGGUCUGAUGACACAGACAGAAUGUCGCUCCCAGACCAAUAAGAAAACAGCUGAGUACAUCAAGAAUAAGCUGAGUGAGGAUGUGUCUGCAGAGAGGAGCAUCAACCUGCUCCACUGUCUGAAUGAACUGAAUGAGCAUUCUCUGGUGGAGCAGAUCCAACAGGUCCUGAGUUCAGGACGUCUGUCUGAAGGUGAACUGUCUCCUGCUCAGUGGUCAGCUCUGGCCUUCAUCUUACUGUCAUCAGAAGAAGAUCUGGACCAGUUUGAGCUGAAGAAAUACUGUGCUUCAGAGGAGGCUCUCCUGAGGCUGCUGCCAGUGGUCAAGGCCUCCAACAAAGCUCUACUGAGCAGCUGUAACCUGUCAGAGAGAAGCUGUGAAGCUCUGUCCUCAGUCCUCAGCUCCUCCAGUCUCACACACCUGGAUCUCAGUCACAACGACCUCCAGGACUCAGGAGUGGAGCUGCUGUGUUCUGGACUGAAGAGCGCCCCCUGCAGACUGGAGACGCUCAGGCUGUCUGGAUGUCUGGUCUCACAGAGGGGCGGGGCUGCUCUGGCCUCAGCUCUGAGCUCCGCCCCCUCCCACCUGAGAGAGUUAGACCUGAGCUACAACCAUCCAGGACCCUCAGCAGAGCUCCUGACCGCUCUACAGGACCAGUGCCCCCUGCUGUCUGUCAGACUGGAGUUUGCUGGAGCUGUGAGGUUGACACCAGGAGUCAAAAAGUAUUUCUGUGAUCUCACUCUGGAUCCAAACACAGCUCACAGAAAACUCAAACUGUCUGACAACAACAAGAAGGUGACACAUGUGAGAGAGAAGCAGCCGUAUCCAGAUCAUCAGGACAGAUUUGAGACCUGGGCUCAGAUUCUGUGUUCCACUGGUCUGACUGGUCGCUGUUACUGGGAGGUCCAGUGGAGUGGAAGGGUUUAUAUAUCAGUGUCUUACAGAGGAAUCAGUAGGAAAGGAGGCAGUUAUGUCAGUUUGUUUGGAGACAAUGAUCAGUCCUGGAGUCUGGAGUGUUCUAAUGGUGGUUUCUUUGUUUGUCAUAAUAAAGAACGCACCUCCCUCCCUCAGCCCUGGUCCUCCUCUUCUGGGACAGUCUCAGUGUUUGUGGACUGUCCUGCUGGCUCUCUGUCCUUCUACACAGUCUCCUCUGACCAACUGACCCACCUCCACACCUUCAACACCACAUUCACUCACACUCUGAUCCCUGGGUUUAUGCUCUGGCCUGACUCCUCAGUGUGUGUGUGUGCUCCGACACACUCACCCUCCUCUGUGUAAAAUACAACAGUCAAAUCUGUAGAAAAAUCACUUUGUAAAUGUUUUAUUUUGACUUGAUUUGAGCAGAGAUUUCUUUUCUAAUGUGUUAUUUCCUCUCAAAGACAAACUGCAGACAUCAGCCUCACACUAGUGUCUGUACUGAACAAAUCACUGUGUUCAAUAUGAACUUUACAAACUCAUAAACAGGCACCACAUGCAGUAAGUGUACAGUCUGUAUAUGUGCUACUUUGGUCCUUGUUUGUUUGAUUGGGUUCAAUACUCCCAUAAGAAAGUAUGUUGUAUUUUUAUGUUCUGAGGCAGUGUUUUUGUCCAAUAAGAAGGAGGAGGAGACACAGUGGUGUAGACCAUAGUAAUUAGUACAUGUGGUCUUUUAUCAACCUUUCUUCAACUUGGAGAAGCCGACCGGAGCCACAACAAACAAACUAAACCAUGAACUCAUAGAAAACCAUGGAAAUAUGAGUCUUAUUGUGUUUUCAGCCACAAAUAAAAGACAAAAAUUC